AGGUCAAUUUUGUUCAUUUGAACGACCCAGCACUCGUAUGUGGUGAUGAUGUGUAAUAAGCCAAAGUUUUGGUGAUAAUACAAACAAGGCAGGAAACGUACUUACUUAAGCAGGAGCACACAGGACAUAAUUAAGCCAAGAUGAAUUACAAUCCGAAUGCGGGUAUGCGGAAUCGUAAGUGGGAAAAUUCACAAGCUGGUGGACGCGUGCGGCCAGUUAAACGUGUAAGCGAUGUAAACGCUAUGGGUCCGGCUGCACCCAUGCCCAGUGGCUCCGCUUUUAUGUCAUCUGCACCGGCGCCAACCAUGUUCGAUCCUAACAUGUACGGCGGACCAGCCCCACAAACCAACAAUUUUGGCUAUAAUGGUGCUCCGGCACAACAGCAGCAGCAGCAGCAAAAUUUUAGCUAUGCACCACCACCACAGCCACAACAGCAAGUGCCCAGUCAGCCACAAGCUGCUCCAGGAUUCGGCAUGGGCGCGCCUCAGCCCCAGCCAUAUGGGGUUGCACCUGGAGCCGGUGCUGUGCCUGGUGGUCAAUAUCCACAGUUUGCAAUGUUCCAGCAGCCUAUUGUGCAGGAUAUGGCUAUGCAGUAUGGUCAGCGUCUGGCCGAUCAAGGCAAGCAGCUGGUGGAGAAUCAGUUUGAAAAGUGGGUGCCAGUGGCUAAGCUCAAGUACUACUUUGCCGUAGAUAAUGCCUAUGUAGGACGCAAGCUGCGCCUUCUCUUCUUUCCCUACAUACACAAGGAUUGGUCACUGAAGUAUGAUCAAGAGCAUCCAGUGCAACCACGCUACGACAUAAAUGCACCCGAUCUAUAUCUGCCUACGAUGGGAUAUAUAACAUACGUAAUCGUUGCAGGCUUGUUGCUGGGCAUGCAAAAGCGAUUCUCACCCGAACAACUGGGCAUUCAGGCAUCUAGCGCCAUGGCUUAUAGCAUUUUCGAAUUGGUUAUCUAUUCUAUUGCGCUCUAUGUGAUGAAUGUAAAGACGAGCCUUAAAACUUUGGACUUGCUGGCCUUUACAGGCUACAAAUAUGUCAACAUUGUGGCGUGUCUUAUGAUGAGCACGCUAUUCUUCCGAUCUGGUUAUUACUUAGCAUUAGCAUACACCAGCUUCUCCUUCGGCUACUUCUUGCUGCGCACAUUGCGUACGAAACUAUUGCAAGAUAGCGCGCCGACAGCGCCAAGCGGCGCCAUCAAUUACGACCCGUAUGGCAAUCCACAGCAACUCGAUUAUAGCGGUGGGCGCAGGCGUAAGCUAUACUUUCUAUUCUUGGUGGUAGCCGGACAGGCGCUGUUUGCCUUUUUGCUCUCCAAGCAUUUAUACUUGCCCAGUGGGGAAGAACCAAUAGCAAUGCCCAAGGCGCUUUAACUGCAAAUAUAUGUAUAGAAAUAUAAAUUCGUAGUAUAAUUUGUAAAACUCGAUAAGGCAAACUCAUGUUACCCCGAAGCCAAUAUGAAAUCAUUUCCAAAAUGUUAAAUGCUCUCAAAAGUUGCUGCAACAACAAAGUGAAAAUAUACAUAGAUAUGUUUCUUAACAACACAUCAACACAUUUUAUAAAUUAAUAAAAAGA